CCGACGCGAAGUGAUACACCGUUUCUUAAUCGUAAUUUAAACUUCGCACUCCCAUCGAAAACUCUGACACUUAACACAUAGCUUAAACAUUGACGUUCGAAAACUUAGUGAAAAGUGACAAAAGUGUAAUUUUUUUUAACGUGAAUUUUAUAACAAUGUGUAAUGUAAAGUUAGUGUGACAAGUUGCGGUUAAAGUUCAGAGCCGUUCUGGAUGUACUAGUUUAUAUAUUGCGUGUAUGAAUAUACUUGUAUUAGGUACCUAUACGAAGUGUUGUGUUAAGAAAAGAACUAUAGAUUUGAAGAUAUCAAAUUUAAAUUGAAUUGGUAUGAGACAAGGACAAAAAGAACUCUAGUGAUGUGACGUACAUAAUGUGGUGUCGCGUCACUCAGACGCAGUGGACUGUUGGACUAGUGAUGUGCAAUUGACAAAAAUAUCGAUAGUCGAUAAAAUCGUGAAUAAAUAACGAAUGAAUACACUCAUGCUGACGACAGGUACAGUAGAAGAUCAGCCCAUGGACGGCAAUAUGCCAUUUUCUUCUUACAACAUGAUGGACUCCGGAGGAGCAGGUAUCGAGUCCCCACCAACAUACCACCGAAGUUACGAACAGUACGUUCAAGGAGCUGUGGAGAAUAGCACCGAUUCAGUACAAGACCAGACAACUCCAGAGCUGGUCGUCUGGUCUACGCUACCAUACGGCUUGGAUUACAGGGCGCAAUAUGAUUACAGAAGCCCCUACGAUACAUCAAGGGAUUAUUCCUCCCAGCAAUACGCAAGGGCGCCGUUUACCACGAAGAUGGGUCAGGCCAAAGCGCUAAAGGAAGCCAGAAUACGAAGACCCAUGAAUGCCUUCAUGGUAUGGGCGAAGGUAGAGCGAAAGAAGUUGGCUGAUGAGAAUCCUGAUCUUCACAAUGCUGACUUAAGUAAAAUGCUAGGUAAAAAAUGGCGUUCACUCACACCGCAAGAUCGGCGACCGUUCGUGGAGGAAGCUGAAAGACUGCGUGUCAUCCACAUGACUGAACAUCCAAACUACAAAUACAGGCCACGCCGACGAAAACAAAACAAGGCGAGACCGAACCAGCCCGCCACGCCAUCUAGUGCUCCACCAUCCGCCUCAGCAACUCUAGGAUCUCCUUACGCCAACGCCACCGAUUCUCCUGACACACGUUUUUCUCACAACCCAGGAGCUGGUUUCUCUCCUUAUCGAACCUCACCUCUCGCUUCAGACUCGUACCAGUCUAACCAGUUUAACGGCCACGUUCAAACACCAGAAUCAUCACCCGCUAGGUCUCCUGAGCCCCAAGGGAGAAGAAGUGCGCCAGCCGAAGCCCCUUUGCCUACCCCAGACGCAUCGCCAGUAGAAAAUGAAAAGGAAAAUUUCCAGUACGAGGAAAGGCGACGAGCUAUUAACGCAUCGUCGAUGUCGGACUCGUAUUCCUACAAAUCAUAUCGGAAUCCUGGUUCAUUUUCUCCAGCUCCUGUUGCUGCUAUGGGCAUGGCUAAUGGUAUGUACGUAAUGUGCACCCAGAGGACAUUAGCUGAGCAGCCUCCAUUGGUUACUGGGACGUUUUUCCCGCCAGUAGCAACGUCUCAAGACCAGCAAGCUUUGGGGUCAUCUGCGCCAAGAGUCUCGUCCGCACCAAGUGGACCUCUAACUACGGAGUAUAGCAUUCAGUAUCACCCGUACGACCAGUACGAUCAGAUGUAUAAAACUGAGGAUUCCUAUGUGUCACACUACCCUGACCAGCCUAAAACUGAGUACGAAGAAUAUAAUGCUGGUGGAACGUAUUUUGCGGAGGAGCCACCGAACCAGCCUCAAGAAACGGAUCAAGGUAUGAUGAAUCCUCGAUCUGAAAUGCGGACAGGAUCUCCGGAAUCAGACCUGGAUGCACGCGAGUUUGAUAAGUAUCUGGACUAUGGAACGGAAGGGGCCAUGGAGCAGUACAGAUACGAACAACAGCAGCAGCAGCAGUAUAGGCAGCAGUAUUGCGGAGAGCCAGCACCUGGCCCGGAAUACUGUUCAGAGAGAAUGUACCCUUCUCCUUACGCUUCUGUUAUCUCGGGAGCACCUCCCGCAGGGCCUUACACGCCGGCCCCUCCUGGUACAGAUGUGAGACCUGACGAUGAGUUCAGCGUCAUACUCGCGGGCGUCAGACAAACAUGCUACAGCAACUGACUAUAAGAAUAAUCUAGAAAUAUAGGAACUCUUUUAAAGUAGCCCAAAGAGUUAUUUUUUGAGAUCGGUGAUGUAUUAUUGUUAUAAAUAUAUAAGCUUUGUUAUCAUUGAAUCUUGAUUGUUCGAAAAUGUUUUAAAUAAAAUGAAGUGUUAUUAAUGUAAUGGAUAUUAACGUUAUCAUAAAAUUCUUUAAAUAUUCGGAAUUGAACGCAUUGCCUUCAAUUGCCACGUGAUUGUUUCGUUAGUAUGUCAAAUAUAUUGGUAUUAUAAUAUUAUAGGCAAAUAAAAUGGACUGAGCAAACGCCUUUCGAAAUUGAACGCUCUACGAAAAUGCAAAACGAAUGUGCGGUCAAUACGUACUUCUUUCUGUGAGCAAAUUCAUGGGCAAGUCCCAUCUCAUACACAACCUUGUAAUUUCCAAACAGCCGCAGUUUCAUUAGUCCAUACCCUGCCAUGGUAUAUCCCGAAGAAAAUAUCCCGAUUUUUGUAAUCAUUUAAUUGUAAAUAUAAAAAAUAAGUAUUUUUAUAUCAAUUUUUAUUCGAAUAAUCAUUCGUUGUGAAAAUCAAAAUAAAUGUUGAAUUAUUGAGCUUGAAAUCUCGAUCGUUGUUUCUUAUUUUGAAAAAAAAAAUACACUAGUAUUUUUUUAUUAUUUUUCGCAAAUAACUGUUGAUUGUUAUGUAUUUGGUGCUAAAUUCAACAGUACUUAUACAGAACCUAUAUCCAGAGGUGUCGUUUCCUAUGUAAAAGAUUAUUUAUUUGUAUACUAUUUUUGUAUAUUUUAAGAAACGAAAAAAAAAAUGUGAAUUCAAAUGAAAAAAUUAGUUCUUCCAUUAAGGCUGUAGAUAUAGAAAUUCAAUUAUUGUUAGUUUAUAACUUUGUCUGUAUAAAUCGUAAGAGCAUAUAAUGAAAAUA